UUUGACAGAUAAUCUAACCUAAAACAGUGAUAUGAAAAUCGUACAUAGCUAAACUUAAGUUUUUCAAACUGUGAAUUGUUUUAUAAUGCUGUUUUUAGAUGCCAACAAUAAUCAACAAUAGUAUUGACACAACGCGCCAGGCCGACGGCACCAAAAUGCAACUAGAAUCAUUGGAAUUAGCUGGUUGCACACUAGACCGGUAUAUAAGUGCGGAUAAUUCGCGCCCUUCUUUUUUAGAGAUAACUGGGAUAGCCUCUCACAGAAGUCCAACAUGCAGUGGUCUGAAUGCAGGAGACUACAGGAACCUCGCCGCCUUAGUGAAUCACCCCAGCUUGUCGCAAUUGAAGAUAUUAAAUAAAGUUCCACUGCCACCUGAAAUUAUGGAACAUUUUGCCCAUAUGCAGUGUCACUGUCUAAUGGGAGUGUUUCCUGAAAUCAGCAGAGUCUGGUUGGCCAUAGAUAGCAAUAUUUAUGUUUGGGCCUUCGAACAUGGCAGUGAUGUGGCUUAUUUUGAUGGACUAGGGGAGACUAUAGUUAGUGUGGGCUUAGUAAAACCUAAGGCCGGAGUGUUCCAAAGCUUCGUCAAAUAUUUAUUAGUACUCACAACCACAGUUGAAAUAGUAGUUUUAGGAGUAACAUUUUCAUCCAGUAAAAAUGAUGGUUCUGGAGAGUUCCAAGAAAUACAUUUAGUUCCAGAGCCUGUGUUUGUCCUGCCAACAGAUGGUAUCUCUAUGAUGUGUGUUAAAUCCACGGAUAAAGGCCGGAUCUUUAUGGGUGGUAAAGAUGGAUGCCUCUAUGAAAUCACAUAUCAGGCUCAAUUAGGUUGGUUUGGCAAGCACUGCAAGAAAGUUAAUCACUCGACUAGUACUCUAUCAUUCCUAGUGCCUACAUUCCUCAGUGCAGCCCUGUAUGAUGAGGAUCCUAUAGUUAAGAUUGAAGUAGACAAUUCAAGACAUAUUCUUUACACAUUAAGUGAAAAGGGAUGCAUAGAAGUAUUUGAUUUAGGUCCUGAUGGAGAAGGACUCAGCAGAGUUGUAAGACUCACUCAGGGAAAAAUUGUUUCAUCAGCUUUUGACAUUGUCAAGACAUUAGAACCCAACAACUUCAAACCUGUAGUAGCCAUAUCGGCAGUAGAGGAAUCAGAGUCAGAUCAUCUUAAUUUAGUAGCUGUUACACAGACAGGUGCUCGCUUGUACUUCAGUACUGGAAGUUCAGAUGCGACUCCUGGCGGGUCUCAAAGACCACAAUAUCUGACAUUGCUACAUGUGCGACUGCCGCCUGGAUUCACACCUAACUCUUCAGUUUUGAAGCCGAAACAAGUCCAUAGUGCUGUUUAUGAAAAUGGUUCUCUGGUAAUGGUCUGUUCUGCGGGUGGUGGUGGGGAGGCAGAGACAUUGUGGUGCCUGUCCCGCGUCCUAGCUUCUACUGCCACCUUCAGUGAGUCACAUACAUUGCUGGCUCUGGACGGACCUGCCUGGGCACUCACGGCGUUGCCUCACCAUCAUUCUAAGCAUCUGUCUCAAGCUAUGCUUACCAAAAAAGAGGUUUGGAGCGUGUCCCGCUGGGCGGUGGUGACGGGAGCCGGGGCCUGCGUGGUGGAGGCUGGCGCUGCGCCGGAUCUGCUGAGAGCACUACUGCGUGACUGCCGUGGACCUGAUGCACAUCCUGUCAAGGAUUUCUUCCAGUUGUACAGCGUUGAACAAGCGUGUGCGUGUGCGUUGUACUUGGCAUGUGAAGAUAUUACUAGUGGUGAUCUCGCAAUAAGUGAGUGGGCGACCCGAGCAUUCUUUCUCUAUGGCAGCCAGUUGGCUCCAUCAUCUAUGUACCAACACCCUUCACAAAUGCCUACCACUUUAGGUUCGCCAAAAUUCUCACCGCGCCAAAUGUCUACACCUAUGUCUAUUAGGGGACCACAAGGCCAAUUGCAGCCAGGCAAAUUGAACCAAUCAUAUCAGGGACCUAUGAAUCAAUCAUUCCCUGGAUCACCAAACCAGUCUAUGAUGCCACAGUCACCAUUCCAACAGUCCAUGUUAAGCCCUGGAUUCAAUCAGUCAUCAUUUGUGGGCAACAUGACCCAGCAACCAAGAGAUCCCAACUUCCCAAUGCCCAUAGAAUAUAGUGCAAAGCACAAUGGUCUCUACAUCUAUAUUGGCCGGAUCUUAGCUCCCAUAUGGGGUUUAAAAUGUGUAACAAUGUCACAGUCACCCGAUAAAAAGGAAUUCAUGAGUAGCAAAGUGACUGGUGAGGAUUGUGCAUACAUAGUUCAAAAACUACAGCGUGUGGCUGCCUUCAUGCAACGAACUCUUGCCCCGCCGCAUUCCGAUGAGCACGCAUCUCUGCAAGCCCUUAAAUUAUUUAUUACAAUGGCAAUUGAAAUGCUAAGCUUAUGGAAAGUGCUCUGUGAGCAUCAGUUCCACGUGAUCGCCGCUAGUCUUCCGCCCGAACAACAGAAUGCGUUGCAGGCCGCUAGUUAUAGGGAAUUAUUAGUAGGUGGCCAGGAAGUAGCGUGCCUACUCCUCGGAUCUCUAGUCGCAGGUUAUUUAAGAGACAACGCGUCGGUAGAUGGAAUCUCUCAGAAAUUGAGACAACUCUGUCCAACACUGUAUAGGCAAGAAGAUGCUACUUGUUCUAAGGCCAAUGAAUUGUUGAUAUUUGCGAAACAACAGAAGAAUCCUGCUGAGAGAGAAGAAAUGCUUCAGCAUGCUCUCAAAUUGUGUAAAGAUGUAGCCCCAAAUGUAAACCUGCCAUUGGUAUGCUCAAAACUGGUGUCAGCUGGUUUUUACUCUGGUGUUGUUGAGUUGUGUGUGGCCUGUGCAUCUAAAUUGGAUCCUCAAGACAAAGCCGUGCAUUACUACAAGAGUGACCAACCCUCACAAGACAGAGAAGGACACUUUAUUUACUACAGAAGGAUGGAGAUAUACCGUGAAGUGUGCUCAGCUCUAGAGCGUCUGUACGAGCGCAGUGCAGAAGCUUCAACCAGUGAACCGUCACCAUUGCGAUCCCAGCCUAGUAACGACAACAUCCUCACUAUGUCGCCUGCUGACGCUAAUUACCAAGGAAGAAAGUUGGUAUGGGAAUGUCUCUCCCGAGAUGAUGAACUUUUGCACGUCGCUGUUUACGAGUGGCUGGUCUCCAAACAUUUAGGAUCAGAACUAUUAUCUCUGGGCACUGCGCCGCCUGCGUCCUUGCGUACAUAUCUGCAGGCGGCGGCGCGGUCCGCAGCUCCAGGCGCCGCGCUGCACCUGCUCGACCUGCUGUGGAAGGUGUUGGAGAAGAGCGGAGAUCAUCUCGCUGCUGCUAACGUGCUGGAAGGUCUUGCUACUAGACCUGGGUCGGGCGCGACGCUGGCGCAGCGCAUGUCGUGGCUGUCGGCGGGCGUGGUGUGCGUGCGCGGCGCGGGCGCGGGCGGCGCCGCCGUGCGCGCCGCCGCCGCCGCGCUGGCCGCGCCGCGCCGCCCGCCCCCGCACCACAUGCAGCGCCUCGACGACGACCUGCUCGAGAUCACGCAGCUCUACGAAGAGUAUGCAGAUCGCUACAAUCUGUGGGAAUGCAAGCUUGCUAUCGUGCAAUGUUCUGGUCAUAAUGACGCACUACUAGUUGAGAAUAUAUGGAGUAAUAUCCUCGCUGAGGCUGAGGCUGCCGCUAGGAAUCUACCUACGCCUGACGAGAGACUGGCUUCAGUGCUCAGCAAGCUGACUAGCUUAGGCAGAGAAUAUGUUAACACUGGACAUUGUUUCCCCCUGUAUUUCAUUGUGCGUCAACUAGAAAUAAUGAGCUGUAAGCUUCAAGCCGACCGAGGGAUGGUGUUUAAAACAAUUUUAAAUAUUGGCGUCUCACUAGAACAAGUGCUGGACAUCUAUAUCAAGUUGGUGAGUGUGAACGAGCGCGUGUGGCUGGGCUGCGGCGACGAGAGCCACGUGUGCCGCGCGGCGGCCGCGCUGCUGGACGCGGCGCGCGCGCACCUGCUGCCGCUGGCCGCGCCCGCGCGCCGCCGCGCCCUGGCGCGCUGCAAGGACCUGCACGACGCCGCGCUGUCUGCGCUACAGGCGCGACCCAACACUCAGCGUCUCAUCGAACGACUGUCAGUUGCGCAGGCGCACUUGGACCGUAUGGAUUAAGUUUAGUUAUAAUUUCUAACAUAAGUUGAUAAAAUUGGUAUUAAGUCUAUACAUGUGCACAUUACUUCAUAUAAGUCAAAGAGCUUAGCAAGCCGUAAGUAUAAUCUGUUAAUUUAACGAUUUUUAUGCAUGAAUCAAAUUGUAAUGAGUAAUAACUGGGUAAAUUUUGGUGAAUUAAUAUCAACUUGUAGAAAAAAAACCAAUUUAUUGACUGAUUUUUUAUUUAAUAUUUUCAUAAAUUACUAAACAUAAAAAAGUCAUACAGUAAUUAAUUACUAUUAAACAAUUUUCUAAUAUAUUAAACUAUUUUCUGUUAACAUAAUUAUUGCAGUGGCAGUGACAUACAAACAUUCUCCUCAUAAAAUUAUGUUAAAUGUACAAAUGUGUUGAAUCAUGUGCAUAAUUAUAAAUAUAAGUGAUUAUGCAUCAAAAGGCACUAUGAAUAUGAUUUCUAUUUUUGUAAAUAAACGAUGAUAAUAUAAGAACGAACCGGCUUGUGAUUUAUGUACCUCAUAGAAUGUGAUACGCUUAGUGAGAUCUAACAUUAAUAUUGA